AGGCAAAGGGCUCGGCCACGCCGUGGUACCUCGUGGCAGGCCUGUGCAGACCAUUAAGAACGCCCUAAUCCAUGUCGCUAAGCGCACUAGGCCCUAGCUUUUGGAAGGGCUAACCCUCCUCGGCGACGCCGACGGCAGUUGAUCGUUACGAGACAAACAGUGCAUUAGAUUAGGCAACUUUGAUUAGACAAUGAGAUAGCCGCUCUAACCGAGAGACUAGUCCUCUAUUUUGUUGCCACCAGAGCUUGACUCGCCAGUGAGCAGAGCACUACACUCGUUGCAAGUACAGCACACUCACUCACACUCGCCGGUCGCCACUCUAGCAGCUGACCACUGAGCGCGGCGGGAGGGCGGGCUGAGAGGCGGAGGCCGGGAUGGCGACCGACGGCGUGUCGAGGCUGAGCGUGGGGGUGAGCGUCAUGGUGGCGCUCAGCCUGGCCGUCUUCCUCACCAUCGUCAUCCUCCUCCUCGCCGACCUCUUCUGCUCCCACCUCCGCCGCCGCCGCCUCCGCGAGGACGCGAUGGAGGCGCCGCCGCACAAGUGGCCGAAGCACGGCGGCCCGGCGUCGCUGUCCCCGCCGCACGCCGCUGGCACGGCCGACGACGCGUCCGUGGCCACCACGGCGACGACGGCCACCACCACGGCGCGCGAGGCGCUCACCAGCACCCCGCCCUUCUACUACGCGCACGGCGUCAUGUGCGCGCCCAGCCGCAAGGACCUGCUCCUCGCCAUCCCCAGGCUGGAGGCCGCCGUGUGGCGGUGGUCGCCCGCGCGCCGCUCCUCGCCGUCGCCCUCGCCGCCGCGGUCGGACGAGCCCACCGCGCGCGGCUCCUCCUCCUCCUCCGCGCACAGCGACGGCCUCAUGUACAUCUCCAACCCGGUGUACGAGCGGGGCGCCCCCGCCGGGCACGAGCACGACACGCCGUUCGAGACGCCGGACGCCUCGCCGUCGCGGUACGGGAUCACAGAAGAGGAGCCGGGGGACGGGGCGUUCUCGCCGCCGCUGCCCGUGAUGAGGAAGCUGCCGCCGCUGGGCGUGCUGGCGUGCCCCCCGCCGGCGGUGGGCUUCUUCGAUGGCCGGCCGCCGGUGACGCUGUGGCCUGGGACGGUCGCCGACGCCAACAGGGCCUCCUCGUCGUCGUCCAACUUCGCCGCGCGCUUCUUCUCUUCGUAGAUCUUGAUUCGGUUCACUGUUUUUGCUCUGGCUCCUGAGACCUCAGUUGUAUGACUCGUUGGAUUUGCUAGCUCUUGCACUUAGUUUUUCCGGGACAGUGUAACCCACUUGAUCUAUGGCUGGAUGAUGCGUCAGUUUCUGGUUGCAAAA